AGCAUCCAUGGCUUCGCUUUGGGCCCGCCUUCGGCGCCAGGAGGAUAACCCGCCAUCAACGACCGAGGAUGACCUCGCAGUCGCGGACUCGCGCUCGUCAGAUGGAGAACUGAAGAAAGGGGAUCCAGCGACGGCUGAUGAUGCCGACUUGAAUCCGGGAGAACUCACCUUUGACGAGGACACUGCCGGUGGCAUGGGCCGUCAUCUCGGCGUCACCUCCUGCACCCUCCUCAUCGUCGGGCGUAUCAUUGGCACAGGCAUCUUCUCCACCCCUUCCUCUAUUCUGUCCGGGGUGGGUUCUGUCGGCGCCUCCUUGCUGCUCUGGGUGCUCGGUUUCGUCCUCUCCUUCUGCGGUCUGUUCAUCUGGCUCGAGUUCGGAACGAUGUUUCCCCGCAGUGGAGGCGAGAAGGUCUAUCUCGAAGCGGUAUACAAGCGUCCCAAGUACCUCGCUACCAUCAUGUUUGCGGCAAACGCUAUCUUGCUGGGGUUCACAGCAAGUGGGUGUAUUGUAUUCGCUAGCAACAUUCUCGUGUCAGCCGGACAUGAAGCAACUCGGUGGUCAGAGCGCGGUAUUGCACUCGGGGUUAUUGGAUUUGUGACAUUGGUCCAUGGUCUGACGCCCCGUGCCGGCGUAGUGCUCAUGAACGCUUUGAGCAUUUUCAAGAUUGUCAUCCUUGUCUUUGUUGUCGUCACGGGAUGGGUAGUCCUUGGGGGUCACACCCGCAUCGCCGACCCACACGCCAACUUUCGUAACGCUUUCGCGGGUAGUUCAAACAGCAGCAACGACUAUGCUACUGCGAUGUUCAAGGUGCUCAACGCCUAUUCUGGUUGGUCAAACGUCAACUACGUCCUCAACAACGUGCGCAACCCCGUGCGCACGCUCAAGAUCGCUGGUCCGCUCGGGCUUGGUAUAUGUGCGAUACUAUACUUGCUUGCAAACAUCGCGUAUUUCAGCGCUGCUACGAAGGAGCAAAUUGAUGCGAGCGGCGUUACGGUCGCGGCGUUGUUUUUUGGCCAGGUCUUCGGAUCCACGGCGGAGCGUGCGUUGUCUGUGUUUGUCGCGUUGAGUGCUCUCGGGAACGUUGUCACUAUUACCUUCGCCCAGUCCCGCGUCAACCAGGAGCUCGCGAAAGAGGGCAUUCCUCUCCCAUUCGGCAAUAAGUUUUGGGCAUCCAACUGGCCGACGGGGAAGUCGCCCCUUCCGGGGUUAAUCAUCCAUUUGAUACCAUCCGUGAUCGUCAUCAUCGCUCCCCCACCAAAUGUUGCAUACCCAUUCAUCCUUGAUGUCGAAGGAUACCCGGGACAAAUCAUCAACUUGUUCAUCGUUCUCGGGUUAUUCUACCUGCGCUGGAAGAAACCGAACGCACAUCGUCCGUUCAAAGUAUGGUGGCCUGUCGCAGUCUUUUUCCUCGCCGCGGCUGUUUUCCUUCUCAUCGCGCCCUUCCUCCGUCCUCCCAACGGCGUCGGCGACACCCCUCCGCUGCCGUACUAUCUUUACUGUCUGGUUGGCAUUGGCGUCAUGCUUGCCGGUGUGGCCUACUGGGCCGCAUGGCGCAUCAUCCUGCCGCGCGUGUUCGGGUAUGAGCUGGUUCCACGGAAGGAUAAGCUUGAGGAUGGCACGGUUGUUACGGUCUUCGACCGUAAAAAGGUUGAAUGAAGUGCGAGUUGUGCGUGCGAGCACAUACUUCGUUGGCGCUAUUUGCUGUGGGAUGCUAUUAGUUUUUCUUGAUAAAUUAUACCAUUCGUUAGGUAGCAUUGAGUUCUAUACCACACCACUGAACAUUCCUUCCCCUUGUCUAUAUGUACUCUUGUUGGCGAUUAAUGCAUAUUCGUGUAACAAGAAUGGUGCAGUGGGAUGUUGUUCGGACGUUAUAAAUAGAC